AUGGAAUGUGUUGUCUUAUUGGAUUCGUUUGAUAGGGUUUCUGAACAGGUUUUUAACUUUUUAAUGCAAGCUCAUGAUGUGUUGUCUAGGAACAUUAACAUUCACAGAGGCAUAAAUGAAAGCAGAUUGAAUAAUGUUGGCUCAGUAGGUCAACCUUCGUUUAAUAUUUCAAAAGAGCAGAUUGAAUAUCUAAUGGAUUGCAACUUUUCAGUGGCAGAUAUGAGCGAUAUCCUGAAAGUAUCAAAACAAACUGUAGAACGACGCAUGAGUGCGAACAAUCUUACAGGAAUGAAUAGAUUUACAGCAAUAGCUGAUGAACAGUUGGACAAUGCUGUGAGAGACAUCAAAAGUACCUCACCUGAUUGUGAUUCAAAACUUCUUGCUGGAUAUCUGCGGGCAAUGCAUAUAAAUGUUCAAAGAAGCCGCAUUAGGGAGUCACUUACUCGCGUCGAUGCUUUGGGAAUAGUUGCUAGAUGGUGCAGGACAGUCCAUCGUAGAGUGUACAAUGUUUCCCGUCCUUUUGUUCUGUGGCACGUAGAUGGAAACCACAAGCUUAUCCGCUGGCGCUUUGUGGUGCAUGGCUGUGUCGAUGGAUAUACUCGUAUACCUGUGUUUCUGAAAUGCAGUAACAACAACAAAGCAGUCACUGUUCUUAACCUAUUUACACAGGCUGUCGAUGAUUGGGGUCUCCCAUCACGAGUAAGAUGUGAUAAGGGUGGGGAAAAUGUGGAUGAUGAUAUAUUAUAUAUAUCCCUUUGCCUUGUGACAUGA